AUGGAAGGCAAGACCCACCAGCUCGCAUUGAACCAAGGUACGCUCAUCCAAGAGGGAAAAGAUGCGCGCGCAAACUUCCGCUGUAUGACCAUGAGAGGCAGUAUGGGAGAGAGAAAUGAGGCCGUCAGGACAGGCGAGGCGUGCGACGCAAGCGUAGCCACAAGUGCCAACACAGGCCAACAUACCAGGCAGGUCCUGAACAAAGUCAUGACGGAGCAUGGAGUUGAUGUGUCGAAAAAUGGUUUGAAGCUCGUGUUCCUGGCAUUGGCCAAGUGCAUCCUCGAGGAAAGCAAUUCGUUCCCUGCCUACGCGGGUCACACCAUCACGAGCAUCACCAUUGUUCGAUGA